CUCCAUCAACCCCUUCCCUCAAUAAAACCUCUCUCUGAACCCUCUUCCGCCCCUUAGCCCAAACACUUUCAAAAUUCCCUGUUCUUACAUCUAACAACCUCGCAGAUUCAACACAAGAGUUCAUGAAGAAAUAUAAUAGAAACAAAUGAAAAACUAAGCAGAAAAGGAAGAAGCCGGUUAUAAUAGACCACAGUGGGGGAAAGGAUAGCCUAAAGGAUGAGGAAAUAGUUGGUAUGAAUGAGUUGGUCGAUGGUUUGGGCUCUAAGAUAUUUGAGGAUGAGCGAGUUGUAAAGAUGUUGGAUAGAAUGAGUGAGGAUUCAUCAACUAAGUCCUCUCAGAAUCCUGAUGGUCUUACUGAAAAUUACCCAAUGUUCACAUCAAAGGAAAAUGAUCAAAGCAACCCCAAAAACGAAACAGAGCCUAUAGAGGUAGUUAAUAGAAUAAAAGAGUUGUUAUUGAAAGAGGAGGAUGUUGUUCAAUUUAUUAAAUCCAAAAGCUCCAGUGUUGAAUUAGAUAGCAUUGUCUUGAGCAAGAUUGCUGAAAAAGUAUUGAAAACAUGUGAGAAAGGAAGGAAUAAAAAGGAGUUUCAAAAGUUGAGUUCUUUUGAGAAAUAUCGUAAAUUGAUGAACAUAUUAAAAUCACAAAGUUAAGAAAGUUUAUUGCAACUGAAUUCUG